AUGUAAUACGUUCCAUUAACAGUUCAUUUGAAUGCUCUUGCUUAACUAUAUUAAUAGUGUGCUACACUAUCUGAAAAACAUGAUAGAUUAGCAAAAGGGUUGGACAUUUUCAAUACUGAAGUUCCUCAAUUAAUCAUUCCUACUUUGAUUGAUUAAGAAAGAGUGAUGCAAGAAUAAAACACACAAGCUCACUAGAUCUAAGAAUAUAAUUCUUAGAAAAAUAAUUCUCCAACACCCAGUUAGAAGAGUCCUGUAGAAAUUACGUAAAGAAAUAAGUUUGAAAUUUUAGUUUAGGAAGUGAUGAAGAUGUUGCAAUUGAGUAAGGAACCAAACCAAUAUAAAGUGAGACAAAAAAAAUAAAAAAAAAUAAACAAAAUGUAGAUAACUAUAAAUUUUUAUAAUGCUCAGAAUGCCAUAAGUAAGUAAAAAAUUUAGCAGGUUUAAAAAGACAUUAAACAAGAAUGCACACUAAUAAGCCUUUAAAAAAUGUGACUAAAAAAAUUUAAGAUAACAAACCUUAAAAGGUAUAAAAUUCAAAUUUAAUUUGA